GAAGCUUUGCGGGAACAUGGCUCGUGCGAGACCGUCGGGACUCGGAUGAGAUGGUUCCCACAGCACUAUGGAGCAGACCCGUGCCGUAUUCAUGUGGAUCUGUGCGCUCUGGUGCUGUCUCCUGUUGCUCGUGAGCGUGCGCGCGGAGGUGGAGAGCAUUGGUGACCAGAACACAGUGCACUGGGCAGACGUGCAGUCAUGCUCAGGCAGCCUCAGUCCUCAGGGCUUCUACACUGGGUCCGUGUCAGUUACAGAGGCUGGUGUGCCCUGCCUUCGCUGGACAGAUUUCCCCGAUUACAUGCAGCAGUAUCCAGAGGGUGGCCUGGGAGAGCACACACACUGCAGGAAUCCAGACAGAGAGCAGAGGCCAUGGUGUUUUUAUCGUCAGAAGUCUGGCGCCAUCAGCUGGGCCUUCUGCGACUGCAACGAUGGAGCUGCUCGACUUGUGGGAGGUCCCUCCAGUAACAGUGGCCGUCUGGAGAUCUACUUCAGUGGCCAGUGGGGGGCAGUGUGUGACACACACUGGACUGAUCGUGAUGCUAGUGUGGUCUGCAGACAGCUGGGGCUUGGUGAGUUUGGAAAGGCCCUCUUUCACGCCUCUUUUGGCCUGAGUGCCAUCCUGCACUAUGAGCGUCUGGGUUGCCAUGGCAAUGAGAGAUUCCUGAUGGAGUGUCAGAGUCAGAAGUUUGUCUCAGGCGACUGUAGCCAUGACAACUAUGCAAUGCUGACCUGUGCUGAGCCUGAAGAAAGCCUCCCUGUGAGACUAGUGGGUGGACAAGAGCAUUUCCAGGGGAGAGUGGAGGUGUACCAUGAUGGGCAGUGGGGCACAGUCUGUGAUGAUGAGUGGGAUGAUACUGAUGCUGAGGUGGUGUGCAGGCAGCUGGGCAUUGGGGGUGUGGCAAAAGCAUGGAUGGGAGCCCAUUUUGGCCAGGGCUCGGGUCCAGUUUACCUUGCUGGUGUUCGCUGCACUGGGAAUGAGUUAGCACUGGAGCAGUGUCCUCAGAGCAGGUGGGGGCCACACAACUGUGAGCAUACACGAGACGCCGGAGUGUCCUGUAACCCCUACACAGAUGGUGCUCUUCGUCUGGUGGGGGCAGAUGGACCAUGGGAGGGUCGUGUAGAGAUCUACUUCGGGGGACAUUGGGGAACAGUGUGUGAUGAUAACUGGACAGAGCUGAAUACACAGGUGGUGUGUAGACAGCUGGGUUUCGGUGGUGUAGCGGAGGGGGCACCAGAGGGAUCAUAUGAAGAGAGUGGUGGGCUGAUCCUGCUGGAUGAGGUGGAGUGUAAAGGCACAGAGCACAGUCUGUUGACAUGCUCCCACUCUGCCCUGGGCCAACAUGACUGCACGCACAGUGAAGACGUAGCAGUGCAUUGUCAAAGGCUCGUUGGUACCCAUAGUCCUCCUGCCACCUACAAUACAACCCCGUCCAGCCCUCCGGUGCGGCUUGUGGCUGGUGAGAGCCCAAAGGAGGGUAGAGUGGAGGUGUUGAUGAAUGGCCAGUGGGGCACUGUAUGUGACGAUGGAUGGGAUGACGUCAGUGCUGCUGUGGUGUGCAGACAGCUGGGUUUUAAGGGUACGGCUAAGGCUCGGUCCAUGGCGUACUUCGGACCAGGCCAUGGUCCCAUCCACUUGGAUAAUGUCCGAUGCUCAGGGCUGGAGACGUCACUGGGACAGUGUCAGUCUGAAGAUCAAGGGGGGCACAACUGUCGCCACAGUGAGGACGCUGGAGUCAUUUGCCAAUACACAUUGGAGCGAUUUCCAGACAGCAACAUGUUGCUUCACACGUGUGGUCAGAGUCUGAGCAAGAAACGUCGCCUUCGACGCAUUAUUGGGGGCGCCAAGUCCCUCAGGGGUGAAUGGCCUUGGCAGGUCUCCCUGUGGCUCAGGUCCCAAUCUAAAGGGAACCAUCCUCUGUGUGGGGCCUCCCUUAUCAACUCAUGCUGGGCCCUUUCUGCUGCCCACUGCUUCAAAAGGUUUGGCACUGACCCCAGUCGGUAUUUGUUACGCCUUGGCGACUAUCACACUCAGGAACAAGAUGACUUUGAGCGCACCCUGAGCCCUGAACGCAUCAUCAUCCACAGGAAGUACCACAGCCAGGCCUGGGACUAUGACAUCGCUCUUGUGCGACUCAAAGGCAUUGAGGGCAGCUGUGUAGCGUUCAACCCUCACACUAGUGCUGUGUGUUUACCAGAAUCCAGCCAUAAGAAGGACAAGAGAUCUACAUCUUGUAUCAUCACUGGCUGGGGAUUCACAGACUCUGAGUACUCUCCGACUCUGAAGCAGGCCUGGGUUCCUCUCCUUCCCUCUUGGAAGUGCAAGAAGCGCUAUGGUGCCCGUUUCACCAGCCGGAUGAUGUGUGCGGGCAGCCUGUCUGAACAGCGGCGAGUGGACAGUUGUCAGGGGGACAGUGGGGGGCCCUUGGUUUGUCAGCACGAGAGGGGGCACUGGGUUCUCACUGGAGUCAUCUCAUGGGGGCAUGGCUGUGGUAAUCCUGCCUUUCCUGGGGUAUACACCCGAGUGAAUAGGUUUUUGCGAUGGAUUGAUAAAGUAAUCAACAAGCCCUAAAUGGUCUGAAGAUAAGCCAUGUCUAUGCCAGUAGCUCAUCAUUCAAAUAGACGAAUAAGUAAAUAAUGGACUAAUGUAAAGAGCUUUGGGUGGUAUGGUAAUACCACUUGGCAUAAACUGGAGUGAACUUCAGGCACUUGUAUGUUUUUUAUACUGUAUAUUGAUGUUGAAUAUUUACAAGUACCAACAGUGAACUGGUGUAGGUCUACCUGUCCUGAACAGAGGCAUUAAGAUUUUGUGUCUGUAUUAAUGAUUGCAAAUACUGCACUUUAUCUUAAUAACUUAAAUUAUUAUUUAUAUUA